GGGGCAGGGCUGAGAUCUAGAGACAGACUCAGACACACAGUCACUCCAGUGCUGUUUCCUGCUGCCUGGGAGCGAGUCAAGAGAACCCCUGACCACUAACACACUUACAAAAUGGCAAACAAAGGGCCUGCAUACGGACUGAGCAGAGAAGUCCAGAUGAAGAUCGACCAGAAGUACGACCCGGAGCUGGAGAACAUCCUGGUGCAAUGGAUAAGCUGCCAGAGCGGCAGUCAGUUCGGCCAACCGGAGGAGCCCGGCAAAGCCGGCUUCCAGAAGUGGCUGAAGGACGGCGUGGUCUUGGGUCAUCUGAUCAACUCCCUGGCUCCGGGCUCCGUUGCCAAGGUCCAGACCUCCAGUAUGGCCUUCAAGCAGAUGGAGCAGGUGUCCCAGUUCCUGAAGGCCUGCGAGAAAUAUGGAAUAGCAGCUAGUGACCAGUUCCAGACCGUUGACUUGUGGGAAGGCAAGGACAUGGCCAGCGUCCAGAGGACUCUGAUGAACUUGGGUAGUUUAGCCAAUACAAAGGAUGACGGCUAUUUCAAAGGAGACCCCAACUGGUUCCCCAAGAAAUCCAUGGAGAACCGGCGCGAAUUCUCUAAAGACAAAUUAAAAGAAGGGCAGAGCGUCAUCGGCCUACAGAUGGGCACCAACAAGGGCGCCUCCCAGUCCGGAAUGACCGGUUACGGCAUGCCCAGGCAAAUCCUCUGACCGCCCAAACCACUACAACCUCCUGGCCAACAUCGGGACACGUCAAGCACUCAUCUCCCAGCUGUCUCCUUUCUCUGCUCUCCUCUCUUCCCCCCCUCCCUGGUCCUCAGUACCCC